AUCCCCCGGUAAAUCAGGAUGACCCACAACCGUCCGUUCACGCUUCCUUUCAUUUAAGCCUAGCGUUCACCGGCACACCGCAUGCUACCAUAGCCCCGGACCUUCACCAUUCCCCCCUCCCUCCCUUUCGCACUGGAGCGAGAGAAACCUUACACCCGUUCCAAAGCGACCAGCAUGCCCGACCCCAACGGAGGCGAUUCGGACGCAUCGCGCCACCGCCAAGCUGAGAAGCCGGACCCGAGCGCGUCGUCCCAGCAGCCUUCUUCUUCCUCCUCAUCCUCCUCCGGCGUUCUGGAUAAACUGUUUGGAAAGAGACUGCUGCAGGCGGGGAGAUACAUCAUGUCCCAUAAAUCCUGGAUGAAGACAGUGCCCACAGAGAACUGUGACGUCCUCAUGACGUUUGCAGAUGCCACAGACGACCACACGUUACUGUGGCUGCUGAAUCAUAUACGCCUCGGCAUCCCAGAGCUCAUCAUCCAGAUACGACACCACAGACACACAAGAGUCUAUGCGUUCUUCGUCACAGCAACUUACGAAAAUCUAUUGCGAGGUGCAGAAGAGAUGGGACUGAGGAAAACAGUAAAGUCGGAGUUUGGAGGGGGAUCUCGCAGCUUUUGCUGUGAGGAGGACUACAUUUAUGAGAACAUUGAAAGUGAACUGUGCUUCUUUACAUCACAGGAACGUCAAAGCAUAAUCAAAUACUGGCUGGACAAUCUUCGAGCCAAAGCUGGGGAGGUCUUGCACAACAUCCAUUUUCUUGAAGGACAGCCCAUAAUUCCAGAGUUACAAGCACGAGGUGUGAUCCAACAAGUCUUCCCACUGCAUGAACAAAGAAUUCUGAGCCAGUUAAUGAAAUCCUGGGUGCAAGCCGUGUGUGAGAAACAGCCCCUAGAUGAUAUCUGUGAUUAUUUUGGAGUGAAGAUUGCCAUGUACUUUGCCUGGCUGGGUUUUUACACAACCUCUAUGCUGUAUCCUGCCGUGAUCGGCUUUGUACUGUGGAUGCUGACUGAAAGUGAUCAGACCAGCAGAGAUAUAUGCUGUGUGGUAUUUGCCCUCUUUAAUGUGGUGUGGGCAACCCUGUUCCUGGAGAGGUGGAAGCGGAGAGGGGCGGAACUGGCUUACAAAUGGGGCACGCUGGACACACCACCCGAAUUGCUGGAGGAGCCCCGGCCGCAGUUUCGGGGUGUGAAGCGGUGCAGUCCAGUGACGGGCUGUGAGGAGUUUUAUUACCCACCCUGGAGGAGAAGGGUGUUCAGAUGGCUGGUUAGCUUUCCUGUUUGUAUUGUAUGCCUUUGCUUUGUCUUCCUGGCCAUGCUCAUCUGCUUUGAGCUUCAGGAAUUUGUGAUGGGGAUUAAAGAGCUGCCUCGGGUGGCAAGGUUCAUCCCUGAAAUCAUACUGGCAAUCACUGUGACUGCGUGUGACGAGGUGUACAAAAAGAUAGCCUGCUGGCUCAAUGACAUGGAAAACUACAGACUCCAGAGUGCCUAUGAAAAAAAUCUCAUCAUUAAAAUGGUUCUUUUUCAGUUUGUAAAUUCUUAUCUCAGCCUUUUCUACAUUGGAUUCUACCUCAAAGAUAUGGAGCGUCUGAAAGAGAUGCUAGCAACGCUGCUGAUAAUCCGUCAGUUCCUGCAGAAUUUGAAAGAGGUCCUGCAGCCGUACCUGUAUGAGCGCCACCGUCUGGGUGAGCUCACCUUUCGCGCUGUCUGGGACCUGCUGGUUUCAGCAUUGGUAAAAUACGGACGCCUGGCAGUUGGAAAGGCGCAGGUCAUUCCCAGCAAUCCAGAAAUCCCCGUGCCGAGCCUGCAGGGAAGCCGACAGAGCCUUUUAGGGCAGCAGGAGCGGCCCGAGCGCAAGUGUCUGAACGGAGGCUGUGGGGUCCCAGAUGAGGAGGAGGAGGAAGAGGUCAGAGAAAGAAAUAGCGAGGAAGAGAAUGAGGAAGAGAGUGUCAUCGACUGUGGUCUCAAGUUGCGUAAAGUCAGCUUCAUUGAGAGAGUGGAUCGCAAGUCCAUCGACUGCGUCGGCUCUAUAGAGGACAGUUUCCUGGAGGAGGGGAGUCCUACCAUGAUGGAGAAGGGCAUGGACCCGGCGUUGGUGUUUGAGAUGUGUGACGAUGACGAUGAUAACUUCAUUCCAGAAACGAAGGAGGCGAUGGUGAAUCCGGUCAGCGCUGACACCGGUGCACCUCCCAAGCUGCGGAGGAGGGGGCGCAGUCUAGAGAGGGCUGACAGUAAGGGCAAGAAAGACUCCUGGAUGGAUCCACCAGAGGAACAGGAGACCACUACGCUCACCCAGGCUGAGAUCGAGAGUUGCAUGCAAACAUAUGAGGAUACAUUUCAAGAUUACCAGGAAAUGUUCAUCCAGUUUGGAUACGUGGUGCUCUUUUCCUCCGCCUUCCCACUGGCCGCCAUGUGUGCCCUCAUUAACAACAUCAUCGAGAUCCGCAGCGACGCCUUCAAGCUGUGCUCAGGUUUGCAGAGACCCUUCGGCAUGAGAGUGGAAAGCAUUGGACAGUGGCAGACAGCGAUGGAAAUCAUGGGACUGAUAGCUAUCAUUGUGAACUGUUACUUGAUCGGGCAGUGUGGGCAGCUGCAGAGGCUCUUCCCGUGGCUGAGUCCUGAAAUGGCCAUCAUCUCCAUUGUUAUCUUAGAGCACUUUGCAGUCCUGCUAAAAUACUUCAUUCAUGUUGCAAUUCCUGACAUCCCUAACUGGGUGGGAGAGGAGAUGGCCAAACUGGAGUAUCAGCGCAGGGAGGCAUUCAAGAAGGCAGAGCGCCAGGCACAGCAGCACUUUCAGCAGCAGCAGAGAAGGAAGAGGGAGGAGGAAGAGCGGCAACGGCAGGCUGAGUACCAGGCCCGCCGCGAGCGUGACGACGGGCGGUCCGACGCCUCCGGAGGGGAGCACCAUCACGAAAAGAGUCAGGGAGGCAAAUCUCGCAUGGGUGGAGGAGGCUCUAGUGACAAACCCAAGAGGCCCAGUUCGCUUCUAGCUAACAAUAACGUCAUGAAGCUCAAACAGAUCAUCCCCCUGCAGAGCAAGUUUUCCACCGGCACGGCACGUUCACCCCAGUCCCCGACCGGCAGCGAGCCGAAGCUACCGGGUUUCCUCAGCUUUAAGUUCCUCAAAUCUCCCGAAAAUAAGAAAGACACGGCAGCAGCUGCUGCAGCUUCAGCCUCCGUUUCAACCAAUUGCAGCCCAGCUGUACAAAGUCUGGAGAAGUCACAGUCACCUAGCAAGGCCUUCAACCCUGGAAAACUGUUCAAUUUUGGGAAGUCAGAAGGUGGAGCAUGUGUAAAUGGGGCUCAGCUCUUGAAACCAGGGGAAGGGGUGCAGCCUAAUGAGAGGCAGGUUACAAAGUCAGAUCUAAAUGAGGUGCCAGAUGAAAUUCCAUCGCCAGGGGCAGAGGAACGGGAGAAUGGACACUCAGUAGACACUGAGCCAUAAUAAAAAGUUUAAUAUUAUUUAAAUACUCACUGGGAAUGAUAACUAAAACGGGGUAAAAGCAGAUUCCUAAACAGAAGCUCCUUAAGCAAGUCCUGAAUGCGGUCAUGUAAUAAUAGGGAAAAUGUAAUACUUUUUUUGCCAGAACAUAUAAAAAUAGGCUUUUUAAAGUCCACGCACAAUGCCUUUUGUCUACAAUACAGAAAUGCUCGAGCUGCAUUUCUAAUAAAUUGUAAA